UUGAGCCAUCAGCUGAUCCCGCUGGCUGUUGUUGAUGUCUGAAGUUGCUGCUGCUGGUGCGGGCGGACGCUGCGUCUCUCUUAUCGCCUCUCGACAUUAACGGACGCGGCGACAGACCGAAAAGCGGGCACAGCAGCGGGCGUUUACCGGGCAAAAGGGACGCGGUACAUUGCGUAGAGGUCUCAACCUGCGUCCCCGGCGGCGGCGGAGCUAGCUCCUGAGCUGAAGGGAGAGAAAAAAAAAACAGCCGCGACAGGCGACGGCGUCUCUUUGUUUGAGUCCCAGGCAGGAUAACAACUUUCUCUCGUCUGACUCAAGUAUUUUCCUCCUGCGACUAGUUUAUUUAUGUGUAUAAUUGAUCACGAGCGCACCGUCAGGGCAGCUAAUUGGACGGCUAACGCUAGCUUGUAGCUCAGAUAAAACACAUUUUUGAAUGUUUUUUUUUCUUUCUUUCGUAACCGUCCGACAUUUACUGAUAGGAAGGAUAACGGGCGGACUUAUUUGUUUAUUUCCACAGUCCCGUUUCUUCGUCGCGUCCCGCCGCUGAACAAGUGGGACUUAUCUCUGCUCUGCGGCGGAUGUCAGCUUGUUUUUAUUGAUUUUAUUUUUUAUUUUUAGAGGUCAUAAACAAGCUGCUGCUUUGACUGACAGCUCGCUUUGUUUGUUUUAGGUUUGCUGGCAGGUUGCGUCAUUUAUUUAUCAGCCCUUGCUGGAUAUUUUUGCUAUUUUUUUUACGUGUUACACAUAUACAUCAUAUGGUAAAACUGUGCUAGGAAAGUUUUUUUUAAAAAAACUUAUACCUCACCUUUUAACCGAUUUAACAUAAGGAUACAUAUCAUGAGAUAAGAAAGGGUCCGUUUUGAGGCUCAGGAAUUUGGCAGCUUUGGGAGAAAAAUAGAGGUUGGUAGUUAUGAUCUAAAAUAGAAAACUAAAACUGCUGCGAGAAGUCGCUGUUAUCAGGGAGAGCCAGCAGAAACACAGGCAGGGUCCCACAGUGUCUUGAGGUGAGGUGAGCUGCCCCCCCCACUACUUGCCAAUGCUGGAUCUGGAGGUGGUCCCUGAGAGAUCACUAGGAAAUGAGCAAUGGGAAUUCGCCUUAGGGAUGCCAUUUUCCCAGGCCAUCUCUAUCCUCCAGAAACACUGCCGUAUAAUCAAAAAUGUCCAGGUGCUAUACAGCGAACAGACACCACUCAGCCAUGACCUCAUACUGAACCUGACUCAGGAUGGGAUUAAACUGCUGUUUGAUGCCACAAAUCAGAGACUCAAGGUGAUUGAAGUGUACGACCUGAGCAAAGUCAAAUUAAAGUACUGUGGAGUCCAUUUCAACUCUCAGGCCAUCGCCCCCACAAUAGAGCAAAUAGACCAGUCAUUUGGGGCUACACACCCUGGAGUUUAUAAUGCUGCAGAGCAGUUGUUCCAUCUCAACUUUCGAGGACUUUCCUUUUCCUUUCAACUGGACUCGUGGAACGAAGCUCCAAAAUACGAGAUUCCACAUGGAGCCAUGGUCAAGAGGAUGCACAUCUACACUGGCAACAACCUACAAGAGACAAAAGCUCCUGCGAUGCCGUUGGCUUGUUUCAUGGGCAACAUUUAUGCAGAGUGCGUAGACGUCCUGAGAGACGGGGCGGGUCCUCUGGGGCUCAAACUUCGCCUUCUCACAGCAGGUUCUGGGCUCGGUGUGAUUGCUGAUGCUAAGGUCCGGUAUCUGGAGAGGAGCAUCUUCUUUGGUGACUCCUGUCAGGAUGUUCUGGGCGCUCUGGGCUCGCCACACAAAGUCUUCUACAAAUCUGAGGACAAGAUGAAGAUCCACUCUCCGUCUCCUCACAAGCAGGUUCCCUCUAAAUGUAACGACUACUUCUUCAACUACUUCACCCUCGGAGUGGACAUCCUGUUUGACUCGACGACUCACCUGGUUAAGAAGUUCGUCCUUCACACGAACUACCCGGGGCAUUACAACUUUAAUAUAUACCAUCGUUGUGACUUUAAGAUCCCACUAGUCAUUAAAAAAGAAGGAGCAGAUUCUCUGACAGAGGAAUGCAUCUUAACAACCUACAGCAAGUGGGAUCAGAUUCAGGAGCUACUGGGUUAUCCGAUGGAAAAACCAGUGGUCCUUCACAGGUCUUCAUCGGCCAACAACACAAACCCGUUCGGUUCCACUUUCUGCUUCGGACUGCAGAGGAUGAUUUUUGAGGUGAUGCAGAAUAACCACAUAGCUUCAGUGACCCUCUAUGGAGCUCCACGGACCACCGGUCAAGCCCGGCCCGAGUCCAGCGCUAGUUCUCACUGAACCAGAUUUUUAGCUGAGCAGGUCUGACAGAAUAACUAUAAACUUGCUCA